CCCACCUAUCUUUCAGAUUUAUAACCAGCGCAACGAGUAGGGUUUUCUUGGCUUCGGGCACCCCUUCUAUCUUCUCCUGCCGCCGCCGCCGCCAUCUACGCCGAGCCGCCGUCGCCUCCAUCUUUUUUAGCAUCAACCAUGGCGGAGCAGACCGAGAAGGCUUUCUUGAAGCAGCCUAAGGUGUUCCUCUGCCCGAAGAAGACCACCAAGGGGAAGAAGCCCGGAAAAGAUGGCAACAGGUUCUGGAAGAACAUUGGCCUUGGUUUCAAGACUCCCAAGGAAGCCAUUGAAGGAACCUACAUUGAUAAGAAAUGCCCGUUCACCGGCACGGUGUCAAUUAGAGGUCGCAUCAUUGCUGGAACAUGCCACAGUGCUAAAAUGAACAGGACUAUCAUCGUUCGUAGAAACUAUCUUCACUUUGUCAAGAAAUAUCAAAGGUAUGAGAAGAGGCACUCUAACAUCCCUGCCCACAUUUCCCCUUGCUUCCGUGUGAAGGAAGGAGACUAUGUGAUCAUUGGCCAGUGCAGGCCACUGUCCAAGACCGUGAGGUUCAAUGUGUUGAAGGUCAUCCCGGCCGGGUCAAAGAGUGGUGCAGGGAAGAAGGCGUUCACUGCUGCCUGAGGAAGACAUCAAAGAUUCUGAAAGCUUGAUCAUGAGAUUUUGAUGCCACUUUCUGUAUUCCAUCUGUAAUAGGAUUUUUUACUCGGAAAUUUUGUGCAAAGUGCGAAGUUAAAGUAAGAGUGCUGAAUUCAGCGAUAUUGUUGAA